UUAUUUGUCGCUCUUCCCGGUUCGGUUUUCGCAGAACCUGAAGCCUGCGCAGUAAGUCAGUCCAGUGUGUGGUGGCGGCCGGCUAGGCCGAGUCAGUCGCGCGACUUAGCUCUCUGCGUGCGAGACUGUGCUGCGUGACGCCGGGUCGUUACAGUGACGCGCAAGUGGCUCUCAGGCCGGUGGCGCAGGUGUGCCGUUGUUGGGUGGACCCAAAAUCUGAGCAGCCACAAUGUCCAUCUUCACUCCCACCAACCAGAUCCGCCUAACAAAUGUGGCCGUGGUACGCAUGAAGCGCGCUGGGAAGCGUUUCGAGAUCGCCUGCUACAAAAACAAAGUCGUCGGCUGGCGGAGCGGCGUGGAAAAAGACCUUGAUGAAGUUCUGCAGACCCACUCAGUGUUUGUAAAUGUUUCUAAGGGUCAGGUUGCAAAGAAGGAAGAUCUCAUCAGUGCAUUUGGAACAGAUGAUCAGACUGAAAUCUGUAAGCAGAUUUUGACUAAAGGAGAAGUUCAAGUAUCAGAUAAAGAACGGCAGACACAGCUGGAGCAGAUGUUUAGGGACAUUGCAACUAUUGUAGCUGACAAAUGUGUGAACCCUGAAACAAAGAGACCCUACACUGUUAUCCUUAUCGAGAGAGCAAUGAAGGACAUCCACUAUUCAGUCAAAAUCAACAAGAGUACAAAACAGCAGGCUUUGGAAGUAAUAAAGCAGUUAAAAGAGAAAAUGAAGAUAGAACGUGCUCACAUGAGACUUCGGUUCAUUCUCCCAUUGAAUGAAGGGAAAAAGCUGAAAGAAAAGCUUAAGCCACUGAUCAAGGUUAUAGAAAGUGAAGACUACGGUCAGCAAUUAGAAAUUGUGUGUCUAAUUGACCCGGGCUGCUUCAGAGAAAUUGAUGAGCUAAUAAAAAAGGAGACAAAGGGCAAAGGUUCUUUGGAAGUGCUCAAUUUGAAAGACGUGGAAGAAGGAGAUGAGAAAUUUGAAUGACAUUCAUCAGUCUCUUCAGCUUUGAAACACUAAAACAUUUUCACUUCCCAAAGUCCUGUUUUCUUUCUGUGGUCUGCCAAAUACUUGCUCAGACUAUUUUAUGUUUUCCAUCUUUGUGUUAAACAUAAAAAUACGUUGCUAAGUAAGUAUUAUAAUGUGGGGUUAAUUUAGUUUUAUUUAUAAAUUGGGGUCAUAGGUAAAAAUGAAAAAUUCAAGAUACAAAGUCCAGAGCAGCAUUUUGCUGUCUUCAUGCCUUUGUAGCUUUCCAAGGGGAAAGUUAUUUGAGGAGGCUCUUGUGAGCAAAAAGUUAAAUUUUGUACAUUUUAAUAUUGGGGAGGAUAUGUCUACAUAACAAAAAGGGAGCAUUUGGUGAAAAAACAAUGUGUGUACAGGGGUUACUCUAUUGUGGCCUAAUACAAAGCUUGGAUGAUGACUUCCUGAUUAUCUGAAAAAUAGAUAUGGCUGUGCAAGACUUAAAUAAUUUUCAUUAAAAAUGCUGCCAUAACCUAGAUUAUUCUUGGUAAAAAAAAAAAAGUUUAUUUCUAAUUUUUAAAGUUUAUAAUAUAUGUUAAUACAGCUGAAAUUAUGAAAUCAAUAAACCACUCUUUAUUUUUAUUAAA